AUGGAUCAUAUAGCUCCAAGAGAUAGAGAUUUUGAGGUUGAUCUUGAAAGCGGGGUGAGAAAUAGUGUAGAAGAUUCAAGUAAAGAUGCGAGUUCGGGAGCAACAAAGUGUCUGCUCGCUAAGGUUUGUGGGGCAUUCACUGAUGGGACAGCCAAUGGUGAAGAGAGGGUAAAUUUGUGUGGGCAUGUGUCAAAUUCUGGUGGUGGUUCUGCAGACCAGGUGAAGUUGGAGGGGCAAAUGUCUGUUGAUCAAGUAGAGAAGGAAACAGUAAAGGAGAAGCGUAAAAAGACGAGCAAUAAAAAGCCUCCCAGGCCUCCAAGAGGUCCAUCUUUGGAUGCUGCUGACCAGAAGCUGAUCAAGGAGAUUUCUGAAUUAGCCAUGUUGAAGCGUGCAAGGAUUGAGCGAAUGAAGGCCUUGAAGAAAAUGAAAGCUACAAAAGCAUCAUCAAAUAGCAAUCUAUUUGCCAUGGUGUUCACCAUUCUAUUCUGCUUAGUGAUUCUCUUUCAAGGAAUGUCAUCAAGAGCUACAUCUGCAAACUCGCUGGGAUCUCCUUUGUCAUCAGAGACAGCAGAUGACGAUUUGAUUUCAGUUCAAUACUUUGGGAAUCCAUCUGCAAGCGAGUCUAAUGGAUCUGGAUCUGGGUCUACAAAUUUCAUAGAGUCAGUUGCUGGUUCAGAUCCUCCUAAAAUUCCAAGAAGAGCUGUGAGAUGA